CGCCGCGGCCCGGGCAAGUGUAGACACGGUGGAGGCGGAGGCGGAGGGGUGAACGGCCGGGAUGUGGGUCCAGCCGCAGCGGCCCUUUCCCCUCAGCCUGCCGCAGCGGCUUGGGUUUUAAUUCAUUGCUGGAAGCUUCCGAGCCAGGAGAGCCGACUUAAUUCAUUUCCCUGGGACAGGAUUGGGGACUUUUUGCGGGGUGGCUAGCAGAUCCCGAAACUGCCCUUUGCGCCCAUCGGGAAGGCGUGAUGUGCGGUGUCUGCAGAUAGAAAUUCGCCCUUGACCUUCCCUGCCCGCUCUCUGCGGCCAGCCCUGCGGAAGAGACAAGUUUUGGUGACUUUUAGUUUCUCCUGAAUUCAAUGCCCAGUGAGUACAACUGUGUGAAGCUGAGAAGCGACUGCUCGAGGCCCUCCCUGCAAUGGUACACCCGAGGUCAGAACAAGAUGAGAAGACCUAGCUUGUUGCUGAAGGACAUCCUCAAGUGUACUUUGCUUGUGUUUGGAGUGUGGAUCCUUUAUAUCCUCAAGUUAAAUUAUACUACUGAAGAAUGUGACAUGAAAAAAAUGCAUUAUGUGGACCCCGACCGCAUAAAGAGAGCCCAGAAGUACGCCCAGCAGGUGCUGCAGAGGGAAUGCAGGCCCCACUUUGCCAAGAGGUCAAUGGCACAGCUCUUCGGGCCCAGGUACAGCACGGACUUACCGCCCUUCGUGAGGAAGGGCCCCAAAGGGACCGAGGCCGAGUACAAGUACGACCCUCCUUUCGGAUUCCGCAAGUUCUCCAGUAAAGUCCAGACCCUCUUGGAAAUCUUGCCUGAGCACGACUUCCCUGAACACUUGAAAGCCAAGAGCUGCAGGCGCUGCGUGGUGAUCGGCAGCGGCGGGAUCCUGCACGGCCUGGAGCUGGGCCAUGCCCUCAACCAGUUCGACGUCGUGAUAAGGUUAAACAGUGCACCAGUUGAAGGAUAUUCCGAGCACGUGGGCAAUAAAACUACUAUAAGGAUGACUUAUCCAGAGGGUGCACCACUGUCUGACCUUGAAUAUUAUUCCAAUGACUUGUUUGUUGCUGUUUUAUUUAAGAGUGUUGACUUCAACUGGCUUCAGGCGAUGGUCAAAAAUGAAACCCUGCCUUUUUGGGUGCGACUCUUCUUUUGGAAGCAGGUGGCGGAAAAAAUCCCACUACAGCCAAAACAUUUCAGGAUUUUGAAUCCAGUUAUUAUCAAAGAGACUGCCUUUGACAUCCUUCAGUACUCAGAGCCUCAGUCAAGGUUCUGGGGCCGAGAUAAGAAUGUCCCCACGAUAGGUGUCAUGGCUGUUGUCUUAGCCACGCAUCUGUGUGACGAAGUCAGUUUGGCAGGCUUUGGCUAUGACCUCACCCAGCCCAGAACACCUUUGCACUACUUUGACAAUCUCUGCAUGGCCGCCAUGAACUUUCAGACCAUGCACAACGUGACGACGGAGACCAGGUUCCUCCUGCAGCUGGUCAGAGAGGGCGUGGUGCCGGAUCUCAGCGGAGGCAUCCAUUGUGAAUUCUGAACCCAGGAAACCUCCCUUGAAAAUGCAGCUCUGACCCGGAGGGCUGUUUCUCACAGCCUUCUAGAUGCAUUUCAUCCCGCGAGUACUUUGAAGUGCAGCUGGUGUUUUUAACUUUUAAUUUAAAAAACAAAUCAACAGAAAAAGUCCAGCCUCUCCCACUUUUUUCCCCUAUUUAUUUGAAGUAAGUGUUUUUGCAUAAAAUUUUGUAAGUUAAUUUUGAGGAUCCGGAAGACUUUCCAGAGAGAAUUGUGUAAAAUGAUGUUUUAUUAUAUUUUAAGAAAGUUAUUUAAUUGGUAAAAAGUCUGUUCAUGUCGACGGCACACAGAAUCCCAGGUAAUUAAGUGGAAAGAGAAGGGAGGUCACUCCUUUGAUGACAGCCCCGAAUGCCUGAUGCUGGUUCUCUCUUAGUGUGUUCGGUGGGACAGAUUGCGGAGGCACUUUGAGGAUGAAGUGCUCAGUAGCUCAACCACUGGUGUUAGGUUUGGCCCUGCUGCUGUGAGGCCGGGGCGGGUGGGAGGAGUUCCCGGUCCUCUCUGUUGGUCUGCCUCCUGCGUGAAGACUUGCAGGAAUCAAGACUUGCAGGGAAGCUGUCCUGCAGGUCCCUGGCCGAGGAGGGACACAAAGACAUUUUCUGCGUCCUCUAGAGUAUUGCGAAGAUGCCCUGGGCUGCAGACGCCACGGUCUUCCCUGCAGUUAAGACAACUCUUGGAUUUCCCCUCAAGAGUUUUGUACUUUCCAAACCCUUAAAUGUUAAUUCAACUUAUUCCACUGUCUGUCUGAGGUGGCUUAUGAAAAUUAGGACAGAACCUCUGUUACCAGAGUCGUAGAGGAAUAAACUCUUUCUAAGAAUAAUCAUGUUUUCUGAAACACUGAAAUGAAGUCCUCCUGGUGUUAUAAAUUGCCUAUUUGAAAAUAUAUAUUUUUGAAUGCCUACUUGGCGGUGUGUGCCAGGCAGUGAGCUGGCCACACACACAAAAAAGGAAUAAAACCUUUUGAGGAACUCUUACAGUCUAGUUAAUUUGAGUGCUUUUUUUUUUUAAGAACAUAAGUUUACAAGUCUGGCUAACAUGUCCUUCUUGGAUGCCACGGCCGAGGCAGGACCUCACCGUGGGUACCAGUAGCAAGGGAUGGAGGAUGAAGGGGCCUGGUUUCUGCCGCUCCCCUGCUCCCUCUCUGCUGUCUCUACUCCAGCUCCCUGACCGCUGCUGCCUCCCGCUCUCUCAGUUCUCACUUCCCUGUGGCCCCGGUGCAGCUCUGACUCCCAGCCCGGGGCUGCUCCUCCAGGCUUCUGGGGUCGGGCUCAGCGCAGCAGGUGUAGGUAGCCAAAUAGGAUUUCUCUAGUUUUAUGUCUUUUCUUAAAAUUUACUGUGGAUUUUGUUUUCUCCUCCAGAAGAUACUGUUUGUUUAGGAGAAAAUGCUUUAAAAUUCUUACCAGUUAAAGGGUGAGACUUAGCUUUGAAAAUGGAGACUCAGGAAGGUGGUCCACGGCUGUGCUGUGGUUCAGGUAGAGCCAGGCCUGCCCCACACACCUCCGCCCCCUUAUCCACCCCUCAUCCCUCAGGGGCUAGUUAGAGAAGCCCGAAUAUUUAUUUAAAAAGACAGGAGGCAGCCAGGGUCUAACACUCCAAGACAGCUUUCCCGGUGUCACACGCAUCUCACAGGUGUGUGUGGACCCGUGUUCCCCUGCCUUGCAUGGCGGCUGGGAAGUGGCCAGUCCAGCAUUUUCUCAGCUUUCAGCAGGUCUCAAGCCCGGCCCCAUCCCACCCCUCCUCCUCUAUGUGUCAUUUUUGCAUCUUUACGUUGCUUUCAACGUCAAAUUACACACAGGCAGUGAGUGCCCUAAAUGAAUAGCAAGGUGUAUGUUUUUCAAAGACCUUUUAUGGAGUCCACCAGCCAGUCAGAGUUGACCAGAGACCGUCUUUGAGAACUUUGAGCACUUUGGCAAUUUUUGUUAGAAGUUACUUCUUUGCUUCAGGGUUGUUUCUCCCUUACCCCAGCCCAGCCCAGCCCAGCCCAGCCGCCCUUCUUGAACAGACCUCCAGGAGCCUCGGGUGUCACAAGAUUGGUCUCCAAUAACCAGGAUUCAUUCCACCAUCACAUUUCUGAUUUUGGACAGCUUUGUAGGCACACAGGCAAAUCCUAUUACGUGGAUGUCAUCGCUGGUUUUGAGGCAACUUAGAAUGACUUAGACAUGUUCUGUCUUUUAACACACUUCUCACUGGAACUUGGAGCCACAGAAAAAUGUCAGUGAGUUUUAGUUUUUUGUUUUCUCCCACCAAGAGCUUGUUCUCGCCAGAAAUCUCGGCUGGCCUUGGAAAAAUGUUUCGGGGACUUGGAAGCAUAGCUCCUGAUGACGGGUCUCAUGUUUUUAGGCAAAGCUAUAAAUGGGGAUCUUCUGAACAGCAUCACCCUUGCCUUCUGCACUGCUGCUUCUGUGUCACGCUGGUUUUUUAAAAAACUCCCCAACAUGUACUAAUAAGGCAUUGGCCAUGUCUUCCCACAAAUGAGGGGGCGGGGGGGAGGGGUCUCAUCAUUUGUUGGACCCAUUAAUUAAAAUAAAUUUUCAGACCAGCUUUUUGGGCUGCUUUUAUUGAGUUAUGACCUCUUGACCGGUAUCAAUCAAUCUGGUUUGUGUGGCAGACGUGUGCUUCGCUGUAAAAUGAAAAAAGCCAUGGUGACACCCUAGUCUCCCUGGGUUAUUGGAAGAUUUCUGUAACCAACGACCACUUUGUUUUAACCUCAUUCUGAGCCCACUGCUUUGGGACUUGAUGUCAGACGGACUGUUGAAUUUGCCUUAUUUCUGUCUAAGACGAACCUUUCAGACCAGUGUCCUGGGAGGAUUUAGAAAUGGGGUUUAUUCUCCUUGGCAGAUAUGUAACAUCCAAGUGUGAGUUAUUUUUUCAUCCUUUCCUGGGGAUGCUUCAGUUAAUCCAUUGAGAAAGAAGGGAGGGACUAGCUCCGUGAUGUAGCAGAAGUCCCCUUAGAACGAGGUCAGCUGUUAGAAGACGUGUGUACGGAGCAGGGCUGUGUGAUACCCAGGUCCGCCUCCCAUUCACACACAUGGUGACACAAUGCGUUCCUCAUACAAAGGACUCUGAGUUUGCUGCCCAUGGGACCUACAUCCUCAUCCCAGGCGCUCACGCUCCGCGAAGGCCACGCAGAUGACCUCGCCCCUGGCUCUCAGACUAGAGAGCAGACAACAGGAGUAGCAGGUCCAGGA